AUGCCGUGGCCUUCAAUAAAUGCAGCCUGUUUGGACGUAAUUUUACUGCUCUCUCUCUCUUUUCAAGACUGUCUGGUCUCUCUCUUUUUUUCAAAAAAUUUACUGCUCUCUCUCUCUCUCUUUUCGAGACUGACUGGUCUCUCUUUUUUCAAAAACUUUACUGCUCUCUCUCUCUAUUUUUUCGAGACUGACUGGUCUCACUCUUUUUUCAAAAAUUUUACUGCUCUCUCUUUUUUAGAGACUGACUGGUCUCUCUCUUUUUUCGAGACUUUUAUUGGUCUCUCUUUUUCGAGACAUUCACUGGCCGCUAUUUAUUUUAAAAAUUUUAACAGUCUCUUUCUAUUUUUUUUUGACUUUGACUGGCUUUUCUCCAAGUCUCUCUCUCUCUUUUCGAGACUGACUGGUCUCUCUCUUUUUUCAAGAUUUCUACACAUCUCUCUCUUUCUCCGGGAAUUUGACUGUCGGUUAGACCGAGAAUGUUUCUACAUCACCUUUUAUCUAUCUAUCUAUCUAUCUAUCUAUCUAUCUAUCUAUCUAUCCGCAGGUGAUUACAACUGA